AUCAUAGUCUCGAUCAAUGGCUGCAUACAGCAAGGCGAUCAAACAGUGCAUCAGCUUCAGUAAAUCAUGUUGUUCUGGACUGGCCGAAGAGACUGCAGAUAGCAGUGGGAGCUGCUCAGGGUCUGUGCUACCUGCAUCACGACUGCUCUCCCCCAAUAGUUCACCGAGAUGUCAAGUCAAGCAAUAUCUUGUUGGAUUCUGAGUUUAAUGCAAAAAUUGCUGAUUUUGGUUUAGCAAAGAUGCUGAUUAAGCAGGAAGAACUUGCUACCGUGUCAGCUGUUGCCGGUUCCUUUGGUUACAUAGCUCCAGAGUAUGCUCAAACAAGUAGAGUAAAUGAGAAGACUGAUGUUUAUAGCUUUGGGGUUGUCCUUCUAGAACUAACAACGGGAAAAGCAGCAAAUUAUGGUGAUACAGGCCUCGCCGAAUGGGCAUUGCGUCACAUGCAAGAAGGAAAAACUAUAGUCGAUGCCUUAGAUGAGGAGAUAAAGGAACCUUGUUACGUGGAUGAAAUGAGCAAUGUUUUCCUAUUGGGGGUUUUCUGUACCAGAAGAGAUCCUUCUGCUAGGCCUCACAUGAAGGAGGUUUUGCAAAACUUACUCGGAAGGAACCAUCCAUUGGUCUAUGGAAUGAAGAACAUUGGAAGUGAGUACGAUUCCACUCCUUCGCUUAAGAACUCAAAACGCGAGAGGCAAUCAGAAAGUGACAGCACUUUGGCAUCAGAUAAUAGACCACUCUGCUUUACGCACAGAAAUCACCACUACUCUCUGCUUACCUUAAAGAAUAAGGAGUGUUAUUUCUGA